AUGGUCGCUUGCUAUGCGGACGACACUAUUGUCCUGGCAGUCGGGGGGAAUUGGGAAGAAGCACGCCUGAAAGCAAACGAGGCACUCCACAGUGUUGUGGAGAAGAUCCAUAACCUCGGGCUUCAGGUCGCGCUGGAAAAAACCGAGGCCGUUGGCUUCCACCGCAAGGGAUGGCAGGCUGGUCUGGUUAUAAGGGUCGCCGACAUGGAUAUUCGGCUCACCCAGACUAUGAAUUAUCUGGGGCUCCUCCUAGAUAGGAGACCCUUUUUUGAGGAUCACUUUGCGAGGGUGACCAAGAAGACGGAACGGGCAGCUUUAUCGUUGAACAGACUUAUGCCAAAUUUAGGCGGACUUGGAAGUAAGGCUCGUCGUCUUUUCGCAAACAUUAUCGCCUCCAUUGCAUUGUAUGCUUCCCCCGUCUGGGUGGACGAGGUGAAGAAAAGGUGCUCUAUCCGUAACGCACUUAGGGCCGCGCAACGAAGGAUUGCUGGGAGAGUGAUUCACUCUUACAGCACGGUCUCCCACGCCGUGAACACCGCUCUAGCUGGUACCCCACCGCUCGAGCUGGUGGCGGAAUUCCACUCGGAGACAUACUUCGAGAUCUCCGAGCUGAAAGAUCAGAUGGGACCGAUCGUUGUUACACCCGAUUUGGUAAAUCGGGUAAGGGAGCAGGGGAAACUGAGGAUGUUCGAUAAGUGGAGACUUUGGAUCGCGGCCUCCGAUCAGAGGGGAGACAAGACCAUUCUGGCGGUGCAGGACUGCCUCAAGAAUUGGGUGGAGGCUAGGAUAGGCUCUCGCAUCGUGCGACGGAAGGAGACGUCUGAGCGCUGUUGGCACUGCAACGAGGCCAGGGACACGGCGUCCCAUACCCUGGAGUGUCCGGCCUGGGCCAUACAAAGGGCUUCGCUCAGAGAGGUAGUUGGCCAAGAUCUAUCGCUGAGUGCCAUUAUCAAGACCCUACUCAAUGAAGAAGGAAGGAAAGCCUUUCUCGCCUUUGCGGAGGAUGUUAUGAGGAAAAAGGAAGCGAGCGAAAGGGCUAGAGAGGGAAACCUCCUUUCGGAACAGGCUUCACGAACCUCUAAUCAUUUGGAGUUCGAGAGUCAACUCAACACAGUCUGGCGGUUUGUUCAGAAGAAAGAUGAGCUGCAACACGGACUGGAGAAGACGGUGUAUCGGCGCUGGCUUGGGAUGGCACCUUUACCCCAGUCCAGCAACAUCCGCUCCAGUUCGCUGUGGGGUCUGGCGACUCCUAGUAUCGGCACGGGAGGCUAG